AGGUAGGCGUGGCCUGACACAUCCAAUGAUAAUCGGCGUCUAGAGAAUGAGGGCGGUACCCCGUGAAAGGAUUGUCCAAUGAAAAUUAUCAACGGUAAGACAUCGAAGCGGCGCCGAGGCUGAGAGGACGAUGGAGAAUUUCACGGCGCUGUUUGGAGCUCAAGCUGACCCACCACCGCCCCCAACUGCACUCAGCUUCGGACCAGGAAAACCUCCACCCCCGCCUCCGCCUCCUCCUGGAGGGGGACCUGGCACGGCCCCGCCCCCAACCGCGGCCACGAAUCCUCCCGGCGGCGACAAGUCAGCAGCUGGUUGUGGCCCCUUCUACCUAAUGAGAGAACUGCCAGGUAGCACAGAACUGACAGGCAGCACCAAUCUGAUCACACACUACAAUCUAGAACAAGCCUAUAAUAAAUUCUGUGGGAAGAAAGUAAAGGAGAAACUAAGUAACUUCCUGCCUGACCUGCCAGGGAUGAUUGAUCUGCCUGGUUCCCAUGAUAACAGCAGCCUCCGCUCCCUUAUUGAAAAGCCCCCUAUUCUUGGUGGCUCUUUUAAUCCUAUCACAGGGACCAUGCUGGCUGGCUUCCGCCUCCAUACUGGACCGUUGCCAGAGCAAUGUCGACUGAUGCAUAUUCAGCCUCCCAAGAAGAAGAAUAAGCAGAAGUACAAACAGAGCCGUACUCAAGAUCCUGUCCCCCCAGAAACACCAUCUGAUUCGGAUCACAAGAAGAAGAAAAAGAAAAAAGAAGAGGAUCCUGAACGGAAAAGGAAGAAGAAAGAGAAGAAGAAAAAGAAGAACCGACAUAGUCCAGAUCAUCCAGGUAUGGGCAGCUCCCAGGCCAGCAGCAGUAGCAGCCUACGCUAACAAGACCAUUGGACUUUUCACCAGAAUGGCUUUUCCUGCUGUACUGUACCUGCUGACAAAAAAAAAAAGCUGCCUUCCAGGCUCUUGGACACUGCCUUGGGAGCAUCCUGCAGUUGGGAUAGAGAUCAGCUCCUGUUAUGUGCUCUACUGCGAUUACUACAUUGAGAGAAAAGGGCCACACUUUUGUAAGGUUCGGCCUUUCUCAUGGAUGUCUCUUCCUCCCCCCCAGGAAGCUUUCUUUUCCUCUUUUUCGUGCAUUUGUCUGAUUUAGAACUUGAUCAUUGUUUUUCUUUUUAAAAAAUUGCUUUUAUCAAACUGGCUGGAGUGUUGCUGCCUAUUAAGAGGUAAGUGCCUUUCUGACAGGGUUUAAGACAAGGCAUUGCUAAGAUCUAAGAGGACUUGGCUCUAUUAUCUCAUUAGCAGGGAGAGAAACAAAAAAUGAAAUUGGAUAACAUGGUCUAAAAGUGGGACAGAAUUUACUAAUACUUCACAUUCAGACACAAAUACUCUGCCCAUAAUGUUGAGAAAAAAGCACCUGGGUAGUCUUUAGGCUCCCCAUGAAGAGCUGAGUCAGUUAUGACUCAACUAUGUCUUCUAGGUCAAUUCUGUAUUAAAACAGCCAAC